AGCAAUUAUGUCAAUUUCCCAACAAUUGUCAUUUUCAUUGAUAAAAUUGAUCGUGUUGCAGGCAGGCAGCGAGCGCGUAAAUACGGACAACGUAAAUAGAAUUAUCGAUUUUCGCCGGAUAUCUCAUUUGUUUCACUAAUCAAUGCGGUGAAAGUUGUUGCGAAUUAGUGUAAUUUAGUGUCUCGAUGUCCACACAGUCUAAAACUAUGCCGAUGUUAGACCUUAAAAUGUAUGUGAGGGUGGUCGCUGCCGUGUUUUCUAUAUCAUCAGCUACAGCAUUUGUGCUGGCACUAAUACGCCUCCUCAACCCGGAUCUAUUUUACCUAGAUCCUUUAGUAGGAAAUGAAAUAGGUAAUGCGUUAGGUAUCCACUACUUCAUAUCAGGUCUGAUGAUCGUGACAAGUGGCAUAGGCUUUCUGAACAGCUGUGUGGUGAUGAACCGCAGCGCAAGCCACAACACAGGUCGGAACAUCACCACCUGGCUACUGCUGGACUCAUUGUUCGAAACCACGAGGGUCGUGUAUGUGUUUGUAUGUGAAAUACUGCUGAAAGGAAAGGGUCCUAUGCAGUUAUAUGAGCUGUUGAUCAGUGCCGCGCAAUAUCUGCUGGACAGCUUUCUCUACUGUCAAAUGAUACUCAGACACUAGUACAGGGCGAAAAUCUGUAAUAUAGGCGUUUGUAUAGUUGCCAUCCAUAGGAUGAACUCGUCCGCCAUAGAGGCUGAGCAAGGGUUCGUUUAUUUUACAAGACUUUAUAGUAAUCUUGUAAAAAGGUUAAAUGCAUUUAAAAGGGGAAGAUUUCUUCUCCUCGUGUUAAACGAUAGUUUUUGUUAUUUUUUUAAUUUAAUGCGAAAGUCGGCACUGCUUGGUUUCUAGCAACAAUUUAUGAGGCAAUCUAUUUUUUGUAAAUAAUGUCGUUCCACUCUAUUUGCUUAUCGAGAUAGUAAGUUUCCAAGCAUUGCCUGCCGAGGACAAUGUCCAAACAAGUAUUAUAAAAUGUACCUAUGAUCAUUCUGUUUUAUCUGUGAUUUUCGAAUGUAACGAAUUGAAUCGGUAUGAAUCAAAGAUUGAUCUGAUUUUGGGUCAUUAUGGCCUGUUUUUCUCUUAGGAAACCAAACAUUGCAAUCUCAUUUUACGAAUUAUGUAACACAGUAUUAAUUUGAUCUCACUUGCUGCUUUCCUCACGCUUCACGCUCUUCAAGCGCGUUUUUUAUAUCAGAGACAAUAAACUAUAACUAUCUACUGUACUAUACGAACAUUCUGUACCUCUCACACUCCUUGCCAAUAUAUAAAUUUCUGAGUAGCAUCUCCCUAAGAAACUAGACAUAAGUUAUUAGAACAUUACUAGGUUUAAGUGUUAGAUAGAUGCUGUUUAUCAGGCGCAGUCCGAAGAUCCAAAUAUAAAAUGUAUUGCCCUUAUUCAUUUACUUAAAAGUUUAACCAAUCAAUUGCGUAUCGUGGCGUAUACUCAUUUACACAUUCAAAGAUAUGAAGGCAGGGUAGGUGUUUCGAUAUCUUCCAAUAAUCGUAAGAAAAGCCUUUUGUAUUAGAACCCGUGUUUUAAAUUCCUGUAUAAGUUUGUGAAUCUAUUUUAUCUGUGAUUUUUCGGUUGUAAGAUUAUGUUUCGAUUUUAUUCAAAAGAAGAACCGCUCCAAAAAGGUUUUAUAAAGUUAUUGUGGAUUGAUUUCUAGAAAUCUAAAGUACUAGUCAAACCUAAGAGAUUAAAUUGUUGAAUUUUAUUUUUGAGAUUUAAAAACUGAAAGUUAGUGAAUUUUCAUUGAUCAUGUUGUAAAGAUGUGUAUACUUGUAUAGAUGCAGUCUUGACCGAUUUGUAACUUCGUUGAACGAGAAAUGAAAUAAAGUUUUUUUAUAAUGAA